AUGAAGAGGGUACGGACAUUACGAUGCACUGGGCAAUUGCUCACCGCUCAAACGAGGGCUGCCAUUCCUUCCUACCACACCCCAAUCUCGACCUCCUUUAAGACAGCGACAGCCGCAGCCGCACCACGUCUCCAGCAGUCACGGUUACAAUCGACCAGUGCGACCCCAUCCUCCCUCGAGGCUGCCAUAGACGACCUCGAUAUUCCCGAGUACAAACCUCUGCCGUCACCGCUUCCGGCACGAGCUCUCACCUCCCCCAAGCUCGCCGCCCUCCAUGCUCGUCUCUCCCUCCCCUCAAAGCUCCCCCUCCAGACUCUCGCCCGUUGUCUUGUCGACCCAUCCGCCGAUGCGAACCCGCACUUCAACAAUGCCAAUCUCGCCCUGACCGGUUCCUCUCUCAUCAGCUACCACACCUCCGAGCGCCUCGUCGUUGCCUACCCCCGACUGCCCAUGGCUAUCCUAUUCGAGGCCAUGCGCUCCUACGCCGGCCCUGCAUCCCUCGCCAAGAUUGCCCAACAAUGGGGUGUCGAGAUGGCGGCCGCCCCCGGCGAAGAGGUGGACCCCGGCCUGCUGCAGUACUCCCUGGAUCCCAAGGCUGGCGUCGUGCACACGCGCUGGGGCUAUGUCCGCAAGGAGGCAGCCCACAUUGACAAGUUCAAGUGGCGCCGCGGCACCAGCUCCCGUAUCGUCUACGACGACGAGUUCGGCGACACGGUCCACAAGGCGACGCGGAACCCGCACGACGCGACCUCGGCCGCCGACCUCGUCUCCGCCGAGCGCGCCGACAUCCGCCAGAACGCCAACGCGGCCUUUGUCCGCGCCCUCGUCGGCGCUCUCUACGUCCACGGCGGCCGCGAGAGCGUCCGCUCCUUCGUCGACGCCCACAUCCUUGCCCGCCGCGUCGAUCUCGAGAGUCUCUUCAGCUUCAAGCUGCCCACGCGCGAGCUCGCCAUGCUGUGCGCCCGCGAAGGCUUCGAAGCCCCGGUCGCGCGCCUCUUGUCCGAGACGGGCCGGCACAGCCGCACGCCCGUCUUUGUUGUCGGCAUCUACAGCGGCCAGGACAAGCUCGGUGAGGGCACUGGCGCGAGCCUCGACUUCGCGCGGUUGAAGGCGAGCAUGAACGCAUUGAAGGCGUGGUACCUGUACAGCCCCGGCGCCAAGAGCAGGGUGCCGAGCGACAUGCUGAGUGAGGGCGCGAAGCCGUGGCAGCCGGUGCAUAUUGACAUGGGAGAGGUUAUUUAA